AUGGCGAAGAGGUCGCACGCUGAUGAGGAAAGUGACGAUGAUUGCGAUCGCUCCAGUAAGCGCAUCAAGUCCACGACGCCUGAUCGCCUGUCCAGACUGAGUGAUGAGCUCCUCGUCAAGGUGCUAUCUCGCCUCUCCAUCUCGCAGCUAGUUAUCUGCCAACGAAUUUCUCACAAAUUCCGGAAGCUGGCAAAUGACAGUCAAAUCUGGAAACGCCUUUACUACAGUCGCUUCGUACGGCCUCGAGCUAGCCGUCUCCCAAGACUGAAAGAUGUCGGAGAUUUUAAUGAGAAUCUGAACUAUACGUUGAAUUCCUCGAGAUGGCUAGACGAUGARCACCUGAUUCAGAAGGGUCGUCGARCUGAUUGGAAGAUGCAGUACAAGCUGCGACACAAUUGGUCUCGAGGUAUUUGCGCAGUGAAUGAGAUACCCAUUGCCAAAGAAGCCGCCAUACCUCCAGUCCUGGUCGGAAUGACCGAUGGGAUUGUCUUUACGGCAGAUCAGACAGACGGUCUGCGGGCGUUCGCAGCGAAAAACGGCCGCCAGAUGAUUGCGCAGCUUCCAUUCCCAUAUUCGCGGACGCCGCGACCACCAACAGGACUUUCCAUCGACUCGGCAGCUAACAGUACCACUGCAAAGAUUGUCGUUGGCUUUGAAGACGGCUCUUUUGGCGUCUACAAGCUCUUGCAAGACCGUGGACAGUUCGAACACCAAUACACCCAUGAAAGCUCAUCAAAUGGAGUGAUCUCUGCCGUGGCCGUCUCGUGGCCAUAUGUGGCGACCAUUACCGCAACUCGGCUGCUCUCGGUUUAUGCUUUCGAAGUUCCAGCGAGAGACAUUUUGGAUCCUCCCCGACUGCUCCACUCACUCAGGUCAUAUACGGUGUGGCCGCCGCUUUGCCUGACCUUGAGAGCCUCGUCGUCUGCGGUACUCACGUCGAUUGCAUACGCACUCCCUACAUAUCUUUCAGGCUGGACCGUAGGUAUACAAGAGGUCAGCCUCUCUCCCAGCGGUCUGCUGCUGAAAUCCAGAGUUACCUCAGCUAUCGAUCARCAUUAUCGGCCUCUAGCGUUCUCCAGCCGGCCGAUCGUACAACACCUAACACCCUCCUUCUCGAGCUCAACCAGUCCGCCACUGGCACUGGAGAUGAAGCAUAUCCACUCGAAGCCAACAUCGAUAUCAUAUGCACACCCUUACUUACUGGCAUCACAUCCAGAUAACACCCUGACCUUGUAUCUGGUCACUUCCACUGCAGACGCCCUGUCUAUCAGCCCGGGUAGCAGACUGUGGGGCCACACAUCAGCGGUGAGCGGAGCAUCGGUCGGCAAGCGGGGCAAGGCGGUAUCAGUUAGCAGAAGGGGCGACGAACUUCGGGUCUGGGAGCUGGAAGGAGGAUUCGGAUCUACCGCCGCACGAAAGCGGCUCGCAAGUGGCGACUUGAGCGUGCAGAUCAAGCCUAGGACUCGMAACACGCAGGCUGUCAAAACACACAGAGUAGACAUUGACCCUGAAGAAAUCAGGUCAGACUGCGCCGAUGAUGCCGCUGAGUUAACGCAGACGCGAGGCUGGAUCGGGUUUGACGAUGAGAACGUGGUUUUGUUGAAAGAGCAAAAUCACGGAAAACAGACUCUGGUCGUUUAUGACUUCAAUUGA